AUGGCUCUUGGGAAUGUUGCUGCUCUGCAAUUUUCGGCUUCUGCUCUUUUCGGGAUUCGUUCAGCAACUUCCAGCUUUCCACAGCCCAUGCAGACUAGAAUAAAUUUCUCCGUGAAGCCGUUGGUAAUGAGAGCAAGGGGGAAUGCCCGAACAGAAAGUGCGAAAAUUCGAAACAGAAGAAUGCAAAAGAAGUAUAAUGGCACGCCUAAAAGACCACGGCUGUCGGUAUUCUGUUCAGGUAAACAGUUGUAUGCUAUGCUGGUAGAUGAUCAAAACAAGAACUGUUUGUUCUAUGGAAGCACUCUGCAAAAAUCUAUGCGUCAGAAUUCGCUCUGUAGUACCAGUGUAAGUGCACUCCAAGCUUGUGUAAGAGAGAUCUCUCAGCCAGCCACUGAAGCUGCUAAACGCGUCGGCGAGGAGCUCAUCAAGGCGUGCAACGAUCUCAACAUACAUGAAUUAUCAUCUUACGAUCGCAAUGGUUUUGCCACCGGGGAAAGGAUUCAGGCAUUUGAGAUUGCAAUUUCUGAACAUGGGUUCUUGCCAAGAUAG